CGCCGAUAUCUACAGCGUGUUCCUAUGUGUUCCUACACCUGCGAAGGAAGCACCGCCACUACCAGCUAAGCCACCCAAUUUUGCGGCCUCGCGCGCCACACCUCAGCUCAGCCUAACUGGCAAGCUGGCUCGUCUGGGAGCUUCGUCAUCGUCCAACCUCCUCCACCAUCCCCCUCUGGUGCAAUCUUCCUCCCACGCGGACGUUUUUGCAUGCCCGUGGCGCUCAUAGAGAGGAUUGCGUGCUCUAAAUUUCUUUUCUUCAUCAUUUGAUCGCUCAUUAUUUUAUCCAUCGCCCCUUCGGCACCGACAAUUGCGCAGCCUCGCAGCCGACGACCACGCUCGGUUAGGGGCCAACGCCAUCGCAGCGUUGAUAAACGAUCCUUAACAUCACUAUGUUUUCCAAUUCCAACGCCUACCUAGGCGGCAAUAGCCAGCGACCCGGUGCACAGCAAUAUGGGCAACCACUCAACAACAUGAAUCCUGGCCAGCAGCAGCAGCCCGGCCCUUUCGCCCCUCAGCCCACUGGCUUUGGCCAGCAAGGUCAACAACAGCAGCCUCUGCAACAACAAUUCACGGGAUAUCCCAUGCAGCCGCAGCAAACAGGCAUGCCUCAACAGACCCAGUCACUUCAAUCCCAAUACACUGGCUAUGUUGCGCCUAACCAGCAGAUGCAAACCGGGUUUCAACAGUCUUCUGCUGCACCCCCUAUGCCGUCUAUUCCCUCUCAGUACCAACAGCAAUUUCAACAACAACAGCAGCCUCCUGCCUUUUCUCCUUCUCCUCAGCAGUCUGUCGGCCCGACUCAACCUCCUGCGGCAAUGAAACCCCAGCCAACGGGCUUUUCGCAAAUGGCCGCCUCAUUCCAGACUGGUGGUGCCAAGCCUGAAGCAAGCAAGCCAGGAAAGACGAACAAGAUCCCUAAUAUCCGACUUUCUUUCAUCACUGCCCAAGAUCAAACUCGAUUUGAAACUUUGUUCAAGUCUGCCAUUGGAAAUGACUCUACCAUGUCCGGAGACAAGGCUAGAGAUUUGCUGUUGAGAUCAAAGCUUGACGGUGAUACUCUGUCGCAUAUAUGGACUCUCGCCGACACGACCCGAGCUGGGCAGCUUUACUUCCCAGAAUUUGCGUUGGCCAUGUACCUAUGCAACUUGAAACUGUCUGGAAAAACCUUGCCUCCUGCGCUACCUGAAAAUAUUAAAAACGAAGUCUCGAGCAUGGUAGACAUCAUUGGUUUCAGCGUCGCCGAAGAAGCCGCCGCCUCUGCAGCGGCUGGUAAUGCCCCGGACUUCUCAGGUUCUUCCACAGCGGCAUCGAACCAACAACAACAACAGCAGCAGCCUUCCAAUUCCCAGAUUCUGCAGGCGCAGAUGACAGGCUAUCCUACCCAGCAACAAAGCUUUGGCGCUCAGCCUCAGAACUUGCAAGCGCAGCCAACUGGUUUUGCAGGCAUGCAGAACCCUCAACCCACUGGUUAUCAGGGCCCACGCCCCCCAAUGCCUCCGAUGCCAACCGGAUACGCCCAGGGUAUGCCCGCAAUGCCGCUAAAUGCCCAGCCGACCGGCCGACCUGGCCAAUGGGGACUCGUCAAUGCGCCGUCGUCUGGGUUGCCAAACAUUGACGCUCUCCAAGCUCGCAUGAUGCCUCAACAAGGCCGUGAUGCUGGGUCCUUCACCACACAAGGACUGCAGGGCAAUGCUGUCAUUCCAUGGGCGAUUACAAAGGAAGAGAAGACCCGAUACGACUCGCUCUUUCGUGCAUGGGAUGGCUUUGGCAAAGGGUAUAUCUUGGGAAGCCAGGCUAUUGAAAUCUUUGGUCAAAGUGGGUUGGAGAAGCCUGACUUGGAGCGCAUUUGGACCCUGUGUGAUAAUGGUAAUAAAGGUCGCCUUGAUUUGGACGAAUUUGCUGUUGCAAUGCAUCUCAUCUACCGCAAGUUGAACGGCUACCCAAUCCCCAACAGCCUUCCUCCUGAGCUUGUGCCUCCAUCUACUCGCAACUUUAGCCAAUCUAUUGGUACCUUGAAAUCUAUGCUUCAUCAGGAAUCUGACCUGAGAAAGAAUUCGGGAGCGGCGCUUUUGCCCCAGAAAACUGGCGUCAGCUACAUGAAGAACAGAUCUUUCCACACUGGAGGAAGCCAAGGAAGCUCGGGUCGCAAAGAUGCUACUGUAUUUAGGAACGAUGAUGAAAGCUUUGGCUACAGAUCAAGUGCGAGACGCAGGAUAGGCACCUCUUCUCCCCGAUCCGAGUCUCCAUCUUCGGUCGCUUCUUCAGAAGAUUUGACUCUGGACCAGCUUCGAAAGAAGAUCAAAGAGAAGCAAGUUUUAUUGGAUGCCAUGGAUUUCCAGGACGAAAAGAACAUGGAAGAGGAUGAUAUUUUGGAUCGACGCGAUCGACGUGAGGCUGAAGAACUGUAUCGUCGUAUUCGCCGCAUCCAAGAAGAUAUUGACGCGCAUCCCAACGCCAGCUUGGCAAGCGGCGAUUCAGAUGCAGAACGUCGAGCAUUGAAACGCCAACUUCAGAACUUGUCUGAUAAGAUUCCUGAGCUAGCCUCAGAAGUCCGCAAGACAGAGAAGGCUAUUAUGGACGCUCGUCUUGAGCUCUUCCGCUUAAAGGACGCAAAGGCACACCCAGGCAGUGCGCUUGUUAUUGUCGGCACCGGCCCCGGAGGAGCUGUAACAGAAUCGGAUAGGCUCAAGGCUAGAGCUAAGGCUAUGAUGCAACAGCGUACCGCCGCCCUUACAGGCAAGAAGAUCGAUGCCCCCGUUGACGAUGACUCGGCCUCUAAGCGUCUUGAAGAGGAGAGUAUCAAAGCUAAGAAUGAAAAGGAGAGCAACGAACGCAUGGUCCGGGACGUCGAGGAUAGCGUACGAGAAUUCGCCCGAGGAAUUGAAGAUAGCAUCAAAAGUGGUGGCCAAGACAAGAGCAGUGAGCAUGAGAAACGCCGCUGGGAAGACGCACUGGGCGUUGAAGACGAGGUUCGUGAUUUUAUUUACGACCUUCAACGAGAGAGUCGCGCUUCUCGAGUUCGCAACCAAGAGAAAUCUCGAGCCCCUGCUGCCGCGCCUAAAGCUGAACCCAAACGGGCGGCCGUUGCUAGUCCUCGUGUAGAGAGCCCAGUCUCGACAUCUCGCACAUCCACCCCACCAGCUAAUUCUGGCUCCUAUUCCGCAUACAAGACGCCAGAGGAGCGAGCUGCCUUUAUCCGCCAACAAGCUGAACAGCGUAUGGCUGAAAGACUGGCUGCGCUUGGUAUUAAGGCGCCGUCAAAGCCUGGAGAGACUGCUGCACAGCGUGCAGAGCGGGAGAAGGCAGAGCGAGCUGCAAAGCUGAAGCAAGCAGAGGAGGAAGAUGCUCGCCGCGAAAACCAGCGUAAGGCUCGGUUGGCUGAAGAAUCGGGUGCACCGCCACCAAUUGGCGACAACGCAGCUAGCGAGUCCCUGCCUGCCCAGGAUACUAGCAACAACGUUUCCCAAGAACAGGAACUGGUUCAAGAACAGGCUGCCCAAAAGGAAACCAGACAAGCUUUAGAGGAAUCUGCCCAAGAAGAGGAAGACGAGUACGAGAAGGAACAAGCAGCAGCAGCUGCCCGACUCAAAGCACUGGAGGAGCAGGUCAAGCAAGGGAAGUUAAAGAAGGAGGAAGAGAAGAAAAAGAAGAAGGCAGCCCAGGCAGAAAUGAAAGAAAAGGAAGCGAAGCUCGCUGCCAGACGAGCAGAGAUUGCGGCAGCCAAGGAGCGAGAGUUGGAACUGCAACGCCAACUGGAAGCUAUGGACGGAGAUUCCUCAUCUGAUGAUGAUGAAGAGCCGGAGCAGCUGAAGCCAUUAGAUGCACCUGCCCCAGACGCGACUCCCGUUGUAGCUGUCAGCUCACCUCCCACUGAGACGGAUAGCAAAAACCCUUACAAGAAGAUGAUGGCACAGCCUGCGGAAUCUCCUGCAAUUGAGAUUACGGAGCCAGCAGCACCCCCUCCUCCUCCCGCUGCCGCACCGCCACAGGCAGACACAAAUCCCUUUCAUCGAAUGUCCCAGGCUGCUCCUGUCCCUGCCCCAACGCAGCCUCAUAGCCGCAAGCGUGCUGACUCUGAGGACUGGGGUUCUGACAAGGAAGAUGAUGACGAAGACUCUGAUGAUGAUAGACCUGGCGGCGGCAAUGCUGCUCAGCUAGCAUCCAUCUUGUUCGGCACGAUGGCCCCUCCACGACCAUUGUCUGCUGCUGGUCAGGAGUCGACCCCGUCUAGUCCUGUGCCGCCUUCCAGCGAUGCUCCAGCCUCACAGCCUCCUCCACCACCUCCUCUGCCAACUGCAGACGCUCCUGUGACACCACCACCACCUCCUCCCCCAAUGCCCGGGGCUUCCGGAGCUGCACCUAGUGCACCACCACCACCACCUCCAGUGCCUGGUGCUGGCGCUCCUCCUCCUCCUCCAAUGCCAUCAGCUUCUGGUCCUCCACCGCCUCCACCAAUGCCAGGCGCUCCUCCUCCACCCCCUGGCGAAGCCCCAGCUCCUGCGCCUUCCGGCACACGACCAAGCGGCUUCUUGAACGAGAUCCAGGCGCGCAAGACUUUGAAGAAGACUACCACGAACGACAAGAGCACUUCGUCAUUGGCUGGUCGUGUAUUAAACUAAGACCAUUGGCACGUCAUAGUGGUUUGUAUCUACUUUGAUACGUGUAGGAUGAGACUGGGUGGUUUAACACUUGCGUGUUGAGCAUAGUUUAGUAAUAGAACAAGUUCAUAUUUG